AUGGCGCUCAUCACCUCCCUGAGCCGCGGGAUCACCAUCCGCGCGGCGGCCACGACCGUCAUCGCCGCUCGCGCGACCCGCUCGCGCGUCGCCCCCGCCGGCAUUCGCGCCGUUCGCACCACGCGCUCGAGCCCCUUUGCGCCGGCGGCGGCGGGUCGCUCCGCGAAUGUCCGAGCCUCCGGGUUCAGGUUCCGCGCCAUCUCCACCGACUCCGCCGCGGUUCCGGUCCUCGAGGAGGAGGACGACGAGGAAGUCUCCAACCUCCUCGGCAAGGUGGACAACAUGUACAAGGACCUCAGCGUCGACGACAUCUUCGACGAUAUGGAGGAUGCAGCCAGGCGGGAGGACGACGAUGAGGAUGACGAAGAGGAUGAGGACGACAACAAGCGCGACCCCAUGCACGUGGACAACUUCCCCCUCUCCGACAUCACCAAGGCUGCCCUCCGCAAGCGCGGCAUCGAGACCCUGUUCCCCAUCCAGGCGUCGGUGCUCGAGCCCGCGCUGCAGGGCAGGGACGUGGUGGGCCGAGCGAGGACGGGCACGGGGAAGACCCUCGGGUUCUCGCUGCCCAUCAUCGAGUCGCUCCUCUCCAACCCCAGCAACCGCACCGACAGGUCGCGUAACCCGCGGUGCAUCGUGCUCGCGCCCACGCGCGAGCUCGCGAACCAGGUGGAGAAGGAGAUUCAGGCCACCGUGCCCUCCCUCCGCACCCUCUGCGUCUACGGAGGCGUCGCCAUCUCCAACCAGGAGCGCCCGCUUCGCCGCGGCGUCGACAUCGUCGUCGGCACCCCUGGCCGGCUCAUCGAUCUCAUCCAGCGCGGCUCCCUCAACCUCCACGACAUCGAAUACUGCGUUCUCGACGAGGCGGACCAGAUGCUCGCCGUCGGGUUCGAGGAGGACGUCGAGCGCAUCAUGGAGGAGAUCCCCGAGCAGAGGCAGACUUUCCUCUUCUCAGCGACGAUGCCGUCGUGGGUCACGCGCAUUACCCAAAAGUACCUCGCCGACCACGUCACGAUCGACCUCGUGGGGUCCCAGGAGCAGAAGGUGGCCGAUACCAUCGAUGUCAUGUCCUGCGCGUGCUCCCACACGAGCAGGACCACCAUCCUCGCGGACCUGGUCACCGUGUACGGCAAGGGCGCCAAGGCCAUCUGCUUCACGCAGACGAAGAGAGAGGCUGACGAGGUCACCGCCGCUCUCGGAAGGCGCAUGGCCACCGAGGUGCUCCACGGCGACAUCGCUCAGGCGCAACGCGAACGCACCCUCAAGCGCUUCCGCGACGGCCGCUUCAGCGUCCUCGUCGCCACCGACGUCGCCGCGCGCGGCCUCGACAUCACCGACGUCGACCUCGUGGUUCACUACGAGCUCCCCCAUGACACCGAGUCCUUUGUGCACAGGUGCGGUCGCACCGGCCGCGCCAACAAGAAGGGCGCCGCGAUCGCCAUGUACACCCCCAGGGAAAAGUCCAGGAUCCGCAGCAUCGUCCGCGAGACGGGCGUCAAGUUCAGGGUCAUCAACCCCCCCACCGCGGCUGAGGUGAUGACCUCAUCCGCAGAGCAGGCGUCGAUCGAGAUUGACCUCGUCGACGACGAGCUGCUCCCUUACUUCACCCCGACGGCGGAGAAGAUCCUCGCGGCGGUCAAGAACGGGGGUGCCGAUGGGAGGUCCGAGAGCGAGGUUCUCGCCGCGGCGCUCGCGGCCCUCUCCGGGCACACCGAGCCCCCUCCCCCGCGCUCGAUGCUCACCGGCGACGUCGGCCAGACGACGAUGAUUGCCCGGGGAAACAUGAUCCUCCCCAGGGACCUCCUCCGCGCCAUGUCGGAGGUUUCUCGUGCCGCCGCCGACGGCGUCGGGCGCAUUCGCAUUCUCGCGGAUAACUCCGGCCUGUGCUUCGACAUGCAGCACGAGCAGGUGAAGCCGCUGCUCGAGGAGCUCGACGACGGCUACCUGGGCCCCAUCGGCGUCGAGGUUGCGGAUUCGCUCCCCGAGCUCGUCGAGGAGAGGGACCGCGGGUACGGCGGCGGCGGCGGCGGGCGCGGGUACGGCCGCGGCGGCAGGGGCGGCGGCUUCGGCGGCCGCGGCAGGGGCAGGGGCGGCUUCAGGGGCGGCGGCAGGGGCGGCGGGUACGAGCGCAGGUCCUUCUCCGAUCGCGGCGAGAGGGGCUCGUUCCAACGCCGCGACGACGGGGGUUUCGAGAGGCGCGGGGGCGGGGAUAGGCACGGCGGAUCCUACCGCGGCGGCGGAUACGACCGCGACCGUCCGCGCGGCGGCGGCGACCGCGGCGGCGGCGGCGGCGGCGGCGGCGGGUGGGACCGCGGCGGUUACGGCGGUGGUCGCGGCGGCGGCGGCCCGGCGCGCUACGGAGGGUACGACUGA